GCUCGGGGUCACAUGGGUGAACAGCAGAAUCCUAGCGAUAGGGACAAAAACUCAGAAGUACGCCCUGACGUCUGCACACAGGAGUAAAGUAAACCAGGGCAGUAAGUCUCGCUGAUAAAGCAAACAACUGAGAGGAGAGCAUAAAAAGGAGAGGAGUGACAGCUGUUGGACAGAAGAAGAGAGAGAGGUGCAGCAGAACUGAGAGGGAGGGAGGGAAAGAGGAGAGAGGAGAAAGAGAUAAGAGUGCGGCAAACAGGAGACGUUGAGAGGAAGCACAUGGUGUAGAAAAUGCCUACCAACUUCACUGUUGUCCCAGUGAAGGACAACACUAAAAAGGCGAAAAAGGGGAACGAGGAGGAGGAUGUGGAUGACAACAAUGUGCUGAAAGAGGAAGAGGAAGACGCCACAGGUGAUGGCGUCCCAAAGGAAAACAGUCCUUUUAUCAACAACACAGACAAUGACAAAGGCAACAGCUACGAUGGGACCAACUUGGCUCUUUUUGAGGAGGAGAUGGACAGCAACCCCAUGGUGUCAUCUCUCCUCAAUAAACUGGCAAACUACACCAACCUCACCCAGGGGGCCCAGGAGCAUGAGGAGGCUGAUGAUGAUGAAGGGGCCAAGAAGAAAGCUGUUAAGAGCCCUCAGAUGGGGACCUUCAUGGGUGUCUACCUCCCCUGCCUCCAGAAUAUACUGGGGGUCAUCCUGUUUCUGCGUCUUACCUGGAUUGUCGGCACUGCCGGCAUCUUGGAGUCCCUGGCUAUUGUCUGCUUGUGCUGCUCUUGUACCAUGCUGACAGCCAUAUCCAUGAGUGCAAUCGCUACCAAUGGUGUUGUUCCAGCUGGAGGCUCCUACUAUAUGAUUUCCAGAUCUCUGGGGCCAGAGUUCGGUGGAGCUGUAGGUCUCUGUUUCUACCUGGGCACUACCUUCGCUGGCUCCAUGUAUAUUCUUGGUACUAUAGAGAUUCUGCUGACCUACAUUGUGCCUAAAGCAGCCAUCUUUGUGGCUGAGAGAAAGGAGGACGAGGUGGAUGCCCUGCUGAAUAACAUGCGUGUUUACGGCACCUGCUGUCUAGCGCUGAUGUCCGUGGUCGUCUUCGUAGGGGUGAAAUAUGUCAACAAGCUGGCGCUAGUCUUCCUGGCCUGUGUCAUCCUCUCCAUCAUCGCCAUCUAUGCUGGAGUCAUCAAGACCAUCUUUGAGCCGCCAGACUUUCCUGUUUGCAUGUUGGGGAAUCGCACUCUGCAGAACCACAACUUUGACAGUUGUCUCAAGACGGUGGAUAUAGGCAACGUGACCGUCACUACCAAGCUGUGGAAGCUGUUCUGUGACGGACCCGAGCUCAAUGCCACCUGCAACGACUAUUUUGUCCAAAACAAUUUGACGGAGGUGCAGGGCAUCCCAGGCCUGGCCAGCGGAGUCAUUUCAGACAAUUUGUGGUCAGAAUAUGGCCCUCUGGGUAUGUUGGUAGAAAACAAGAAGUUGCAAUCUAUUGGGGAAGGUGACUCUUCCCAGGACAUCUACAUGCCCUAUGUUGUCAAUGACAUCACCACCUUCUUCACACUGCUGGUCGGCAUCUACUUCCCCUCAGUCACUGGUAUCAUGGCUGGUUCAAACCGGUCAGGUGACUUGCGGGAUGCCCAGAAGUCUAUCCCUAUUGGGACCAUCCUGGCUAUCGCAACCACCUCCUUCAUCUACAUCACCUGUGUGAUUCUAUUCGGUGGCUGCAUUGAGGGAGUUCUGCUGCGAGACAAAUUUGGUGACGCAGUGAAAGGGAACCUUGUCAUAGGCACACUAUCAUGGCCCUCACCCUGGGUUAUUGUGAUUGGCUCGUUCUUCUCCUGCUGUGGGGCGGGGCUACAGAGUUUGACUGGCGCCCCGCGCCUGCUGCAGGCCAUCGCACGAGAUGGCAUCGUGCCUUUCUUGCAGGUGUUUGGUCAUGGGAAAGCUAAUGGAGAACCUACCUGGGCUCUGCUGUUGACUGCUGGGAUCUGUGAGAUCGGUAUCCUCAUCGCCUCCCUGGACGCCGUGGCUCCCAUUCUCUCCAUGUUUUUCCUCAUGUGCUACUUGUUUGUCAACCUGGCCUGUGCAGUUCAGACCCUGCUACGGACGCCGAACUGGAGACCACGUUUUAACUACUACCACUGGGCUCUGUCCUUCCUGGGAAUGAGCUUGUGUCUUGCUCUCAUGUUCAUCUGUUCCUGGUAUUAUGCUAUUGUGGCCAUGGCGAUCGCUACCUGCAUCUACAAAUACAUUGAAUACAGAGGGGCAGAGAAGGAGUGGGGAGAUGGCAUCCGGGGCCUGUCUCUCAAUGCAGCACGUUAUGCCCUCAUUCGCCUCGAGGAGGCGCCACCACACACUAAGAACUGGAGGCCUCAGUUGCUGGUGCUCCUGAAUGUUGACUCAGAUCAAGGAGUCAAACACCCCCGCCUGCUGUCCCUCACCACUCAGCUGAAGGCGGGGAAAGGCCUCACGAUAGCGGGGAAUGUUUUAGAGGGAACCUAUCUCACCAAAGAUGCCGAGGCCAAGAAGGCUGAGCAGAACAUCAAGUCUGCCAUGUCAGCAGAGCGAACAAAGGGUUUCUGCCAUGUCGUGGUGUCUUCCAACCUCAGAGAUGGUGUCUCCCACCUCAUCCAGUCUGCGGGACUGGGAGGAAUGAAGCACAACACGGUCCUAAUGGCUUGGCCUGGGAACUGGAGGCAGUCCAAUGACCAGCAGUCAUGGAAGAAUUUCAUAGAGACGGUGCGGGAGACCACAGCAACCCAUCAUGCCUUGCUUGUGGCCAAGAAUGUGGACAGUUUCCCCACCAACCAAGAGCGCUUAGGGGAGGGCACCAUCGACGUGUGGUGGGUGGUUCACGAUGGAGGCAUGCUGAUGCUGCUGCCCUUCCUGCUGCGACAGCACAAGGUGUGGAGGAAGUGUAAGAUGCGUAUCUUCACCGUGGCCCAGAUGGAUGACAACAGCAUCCAAAUGAAGAAAGAUCUCCAGGUGUUCCUUUACCACCUGCGACUGGAUGCAGAAGUGGAAGUGGUGGAGAUGCAUGAUAACGACAUCUCAGCCUUCACCUAUGAGAAGACACUGGUGAUGGAGCAGAGGUCUCAGAUGCUGAAACAGAUGCAACUUUCCAGGACGGAGAGGGAGAGAGAGAUUCAGAGUAUCACUGACGAAUCGCGUAGCUCGAUCCGGAGGAAGAACCAGGGCGCUGCCCCGAGCACAGAACUCAGCACGCAGUCCUCAGCGGCGGAGGACACUCACGAGGACGAGGCGCAGCUCAUCCAUGACAGAAACACAGCGUCUCACGCUGCCCUAAAUGACAAGGCCGACGCUGGGCCCGAUCGGGUUCACAUGACCUGGACCAAGGACAAGCUCUUCACAGAGCGGAACCGCAACCGCGAGUGCAAUGCCAACGUGGCUGUACGCGACAUGUUCAACAUGAAACCAGAGUGGGAGAGUCUGAACCAGUCCAACGUUCGCCGGAUGCACACAGCUGUCAAGAUGAACGAGGUGGUGGUCAACAAGUCACAGGGGGCUCACCUGGUUCUGCUCAACAUGCCCGGACCCCCGAGGAACAGGGGAGGAGACGAAAACUACAUGGAGUUCCUGGAGGUUCUCCUCGAGGGUCUGAACCGGGUCCUCCUGGUGCGAGGCGGCGGCCGUGAAGUCAUCACCAUCUACUCUUAACAAAACAAAACAAAAACUCUCACGCCCCACCCUGCACACAUGGGCUGCUGCCAUGGAUACCAGUCACCAGGCAUUUUUGGGGGAAGAAGCCUAAUUUGUUUUGUUUUUACGAAGGGCGGGAUUGUUGGAAGGCGGGACCACUUGUGAUUGACAGAUGGUUUAAAGGACCCCAGGAUGAAGGAAACAGCGUUGAAUCGGUUGACUGGCUGAGAGAGCCGCCACAGUGUGUGUCCACGCUGGCUCACAGCAGCCCUGCAUGUGGAAGAUAGAGCAUAGAGACACUUUAUAUUGUUUGUUUAACUCUGAAAAACCUUAUGUCCUGUUACAUGUUCAUGUUCUUUCCCUCUUGUGUCGAUGUUGUCAUGCUACUGGCACUCACUCUUUAAAGAAAAGCAAAGAAGUGCGUGCUGAUGAUAUGAACCUCGUAGUCUUUAUCUUGUCCGGUGCACAGAGACGUUUACUGGGCCUGAGAAAAAAACAUGCACAGACAGAACAAGUUACAUAACAACUCGUACUGGAUUUUUAAUAUUACAGUUUGGUGGUCUGUACGUUCUGCAUCACCAUUUGUGCUAAAUGUUUCCAUUUUAAAUAAUUAGGAAACUGGCUUCAGUCUGAACUAGCGAGAGGGCGGGCAGUCUGUUUAGAAGCUUCUGGAGCAUCCUGGUUGGGGUUGCCGAGCCGUCAACGUCGUUCCUAAAGCGGCAUUUGUAGUCGGAGUGUCCUGUAGUCGUUCGCCUUUUUAAUGCUGUAGUGAAGGCCGGGGAGUCCGGAAGGAUCCUGAACGUGCACCACAUGUUGGACCACCUUCUGUUAAAUGGAUGGGAGCAUUUUUAGAUAUCCGGUACCGAUACGUGAUCUUGAACAUCUCCCACCCUCAAAGGACACUUCCAUUAGGAAAAACAGCCAUAGUUAAUAUUCUAGGGCCCUUUGUAAGCUUUAUAGAAUGGCAUAUUAAACGCACAUGUAUACAUAUUUAUGGUGACUCAAGUAGUGUUCAGUUGGGAGUAACUAUAGAUGUUUUUUUUGUUGUUUUUUUUAAUCCAAGGGCUGUUUGACAGCAUGCAGUAACUUAAUGAAAUAGUCGAUUGGCUAAUUGGUUCGAACAUGAAAUGUUUAUUUUGCCCUCAGAAUUAUUGUUGGCAUUUAACAAAUUGCUAAAUGUAAAAGCACAAAUCACACGUCUGUUAGUGUAGUUCUUCACCUACCGGCGUAGUUACAGCACUGUUGACUUUGCACUAUCGAUCGUUUAGGAUUUAAUUCAUCGUGGACUCUCACCUGGUUCUAUCGCCUACACUUGACCCUGGUCAAGACCCCGCGACGUUCUUCUUACAUAGGCGGAGCGAGAGACUGAUACAGGAGCUCCUGAAAAGAGGAUGCACACCGCAAGUUAUUCCAUUCUACCUAAUGCUUGUGUUGUUUUUAUAAUGUUUUACCGAACAACACUCUUUAGGCUUUGAGUCCCAGACUGAGUAGACUAAUUAUAAUGAGCAUGUGUAGAAUUACAAGUGCCAAACAUGACGUGACAACAACAAAAAAGAAACUGUGGGAGUAUUAUGCAGAAGCCACCGCUUUUUACAUUGACAAUCUUUAAAAGAAAUUAAAAGCACAAGUUUUUUUUUAAAUAUUUUGAUAGAGCUCAUCCUUGCCUGCAUUCUUUUAAAAUUCAGCAAAGUAUUAACUGAGUCAAAGGAACUCAUAGUUAAAUUCCCAGGGCAUUUAUACCCAUCUCACAUGGGCUAAAUGCUGUAAAAAGAUUUUGUUUAAGAAUAAAAGAGCAAAAGCAAAUUGUCUUUCUCGUGUAACCCCACAGUCUCUUUUUUUUUUAAUUAGCUGUGCAGUAUUUUGUAAAGCAGAAAGUUGUGUUAUCCUGCGCUUCUUUGCAGGGAAAUGAGGACUUCUGAUUGUCAGUUAUGCAACAUCAGUGUUUUAUUGUGUGUUGUUCAGUUUUUCAUGUAUGCCUGUGUCACUAUAUAGUUGUGGUCUAUGUGGUAUUUUUGUUACAUUAUAAUUGAUCCUCUGUAACUUUGUGUUGUUAAUUUUCUGUGUGAUUUUUACGGAUGGAGACAGAGUGAGGCGGUAUGUGUGAAGACGGCAGCAAAUGUCAAGUGUUUUGUGUUUUGUUUCAAUCUAUCAGAAACACAGCAUGCAUAACACACAGGACUGGAACCCUGGACCGAAAGCAUUAAGACACCAGGGUACAAAUGAAUGGUUUAAAUAACUCUCACUAUAUGAAGUUCAAACUAUUUCAGAUUUCUUGUUCAGUUUUAUAUUUUUAGCCACCAAAGAUAAAACCUAGUCCUGUAUAAAUCAACUUGACAUUGUCUAGUUUUAAUAAGUUUGAAAACAUUGAAAGUUGUCAAGAUAAAUUAUU